CCAUCAAACAUUGACUACUUCAGUAGCCAAAGCCGGUUAGGUUAACACAGGAACACACAAAAACUAAGUAAAUUUUCUUCAAGGAAGAAGGCUACACAACAUAAAAAAGAAGAAAGCAAGAAAGAAAAACGUAUUAUCAAGCAGGGGUUGACAGGUCUGUUAUCUACUGGAUUUCUGAAAAAAACACAGGAUCUUAUGGAAUAGUAAGAUUUACGUUUUUUAAAUAUCCUCUAGAACACAUCUGUCAACCCCUGCUUAAUGGGGUUAGCGGAUCCAUUCUGUGUCUGCAGCCCCAAGCCAUGCAGCCGGACAGAAGCAGACAACAAGUUCCUGAAAUGCUUGAGAGAGAAGAGAUGUUUUCAACCAGUUCCACCGAGGUGCAGCUCUUCACACCCCAGAGGGAAGAGGACCAGCAGCAGGAGGAUCAUCUCUAUGGGCUGGAGAACAACAUUUUUCAAAACUAUUAUUUUGAUGAAGAUUUUCAGUUACCUAACUUCAAUAUAAAUAUGUUUCAUUUGCAUUCUUUCAGAAACCUAAAUUUAUACCUUAUUGCAAUUCCGGUAAAAAACAAUUUGAGCCCAGUUAGAAAUGCCAGUAAUUUACCUUCAAUGAUAUCAAGAACAGCCAAUUUACAAGAUUUACAGGCUGCACUUGUUUUACCAAAUUACAGCCCCUUUGAUUUCAGUACUGUAGGUAUAAGACAGACUUUCUGUACACAAAAAAAUCUUCUGUGGUUAAAAGACAAUUUUAAAAAGCAAACAAAUUGUGUCAAAAAGGAACUUUUUAAUCGAACAAUGAAAUUAUUUUCAAAUGUAAAAAUGUAUUAGGUAUUAAUGCAGUGCCUGCAGGUAGACAUAUGGAGUUUUGGCUGAAAUAUUACCACAAGAAACAUAAAGGGGGCAAACAAUAUGCAUUUGCUGUUAUUAUAAUGAAAAAUGGUAAAUAUAAGCAUUUUCAGGGCGUUUGUCCAUGUUAUCGAGACAAGAAGAGGAAAAAUUCUGCUUCUCCUUCCACUGAAGUUACAUCACACAGUGAGGAAAGCUUAAUUCGACAAAUUGACAAAUUUCUACUGAACAACGGAACAAAUGUGCGGCAUAUUUUAAUUUAUACUCUCAACAGUCCUUGUUUGAAGAGAGAAAAACAUAUUGAGCCAUGUAUGUUUAAACUUUUAGAGAUGGCUGAUCAGUGGCUCAGUAAAUAUGGAUUUUUUACUGAUGUGGCGUUCACAAAGUUUUGGGGACUAACGGGUCCAAAUUAUUUUGCAGAUCUCAAGUUCUCUGACAUCUCAAGUCCCAGCAGCUGUUUUUAUCCAUAUGUUCAAACAUGCAAGAAAAUCCCUUUCAAACUGGACAGUACAUUUUUCAGAAAAGAUGUUUUAAAAUGUGGUAUCUACCGGACACUCUUAGAUAUUAAAGACACAAAACAAAGAAGCAAACCAAAAGAUGAUAUUCAAUCGUGUCUCCACAAACUUGUGAAACUGGCAGAAAAUUCAGUUAAUCUGAGAAAAGACCAACAUGUGGCCCGUGGAGUGAAAAUAAUUUCUUCACUCACAUUUCACCCACUGAUCCACAAUAAAAUUAUUGACAUUUUUACAAAGAACUGGAAUGAAAUGGUUAUCUAUAGUUCAAUGUCACCUAUUAGAGAACAAAUAACCACAGAUUUUAACACUGCUGUAGUUCAUCUGUUUCUAAAAGACCUUAAGUCAACUUUGGGGAACAGCAGCCCUUUACAGCUUUAUCAGGUCCCCAGAAAAGAGUGAGAAUAUGUUGGAUUGAUUAAAUACUUAAUUUCACAAUAUUCACAAUAUUAUAUAUAUUAUUACAAAAUGUAUAUAAUGUUGUUAUAUUAUGAAUUAGUGACGGAAAUUAGUUUAGUUUUAUUGAAAAUCAUUUUUGAAAUAAUACAUUUUUAAAUGUUGGAAAUCUUAACUUUGGGUGUCAUUUGUAAUUAGAGCUCUAAUUACUGUUGUAACUCAAGUAUAGAUUUUGUCUGGAUCUUUGUUGACUGUUUCGUCCUGAGCUCGUGGCAAUAAAAACCUUAAAUUGA